GGGCUGCAGAGCCCUGAUGUGACCGUGAGGGUGGGAUGCUCCCCAGGGAAGUUGUGGCCUUCCUCGUGGCUUACGAUCAAAACAAGCAGCUGAUAGGAGAAAAGGGGCUGCUGCCAUGCAAGCUGUACCUGCAGAGUGUCAAAAGAUACUUCAAGGGGAAGGUCGGGCUGGACGCGCUGAGCUUUGCACCCACCAUCAUCUGGUUCCUGGACUGGUCAGACAUGGACGGCCUCUUGGACGGCAUCUCCGUSUGUGGCCUGUUGAUUUCGGCCUUCGUCUUGGUAGCUGGGUGUGCAAACAUGAUCCUCAUGGGCCUCCUGUGGAUUCUCUACCUCUCCCUCGUCAAUGUUGGACAGAUCUGGUAUUCCUUUGGCUGGGAAUCGCAGCUGCUGGAAACGGGAUUCCUGGGGAUCUUCCUGUGCCCGCUGUGGACCCUGUCCCGGGUGCCCAGUUACAGCCCGCCCUCCCGCAUCGUCAUCUGGGGCUUUCGCUGGCUCAUUUUCAGGAUCAUGCUGGGAGCGGGAUUGAUUAAAAUACGAGGAGAUCGCUGCUGGAGAGAGCUGACUUGCAUGGAUUAUCACUACGAGACGCAGCCGGUGCCCAACCCCGUCGCCUACUUCAUGCACCGCUCGCCGUGGUGGUUCCACCGCUUCGAGACCUUGUUCAACCACUUCAUCGAGCUCCUGGUGCCCUUCUUCCUCUUCCUCGGGCGCCGCAUGUGCCUCGUGCACGGCGUCCUGCAGAUCCUCUUCCAGGUGCUGCUGAUCGUGAGCGGCAACCUGAGCUUCCUCAACUGGCUCACCAUGGUGCCCAGCAUCGCGUGCUUCGACGACGCCAGCCUGGCCUUCCUCUUCAGCGCCCGGCCGGGCGGUGCCAAGGAGCGGCUGGCGCGGAUGCAGGGCAGGCGGGCGGCCGGAGAGCGGCUCCCACCGACGCUCGGCUGCUACAUCCGCAGGGUGGUGAACAUCUCCUUCGGGCUCCUCAUCGCGUACCUCAGCGUCCCCGUCGUCCUCAACCUGCUCAACUCCAGACAAGUCAUGAACACGUCCUUCAACCCUCUCCGAAUAGUGAACACCUACGGAGCUUUCGGAAGCAUCACCAAGGAGAGGACAGAGGUCAUCAUCCAGGGAACAUCCAGCGAGGAUCCCAAGGACCCUGCUGCGGUCUGGGAGGAGUACGACUUCAAAUGCAAGCCCGGGGACGUGAGGAGGAGGCCGUGCUUCAUCAGCCCCUACCACUAUCGCCUCGACUGGCUCAUGUGGUUUGCUGCUUUCCAGACCUACGAGCAGAACGAGUGGAUCAUCCACCUGGCAGGAAAACUGCUGGCGCAAGAGGAGUCCGCCCUGUCCCUGCUGGCAACGAACCCCUUCGCGGGCAGAGCAGCUCCACGGUGGAUCCGUGCGGAGCACUUCAAGUACAAGUUCAGCCGGCCGGGAGGCAGGCACGCCGCCGAGGGCAAGUGGUGGAUUCGGAAGAGGAUCGGGCCCUACUUGCCCCCCGUGAGCCUCGAGGGCCUGCGCAAGUUCUACGAGGACCGGCACUGGGCGCACCCCGCGCGGCCCUGACGCACGCCAGCCUCCGUGCCAAGCACCGCGCGCCUCGCUGUGCUUUGCCACCCUUGGUUA